GGCGGGCGCAGGGCGGAAGAAGCGCAGUCUGGCUGGGUGGCUGAAACGUUGGGGUUUCGCAGCAGAGAUGGGCUGACAGGCAUAUGCGGGUCGCGUUCCCUCCAUCAGAUGCAGCGUUGCUGUGUUUGUACCCACUGACAGGCGUGGGAGUUAAUGGUGGGGGACGAGAUUUGGGGAGCGAAUAAGAUAUGAGCGCUCAUAGAUUGUUAUAACUGUGGCAAGUGGGCACAUAAGUUCUCAUCUCUCGCACUGGCUUUUAAGCCUGGCUUUGACCAUUUCCAUGCCUGGCUUGACUGGAUCAAGACAACUUUGCAGAGUUUUCGUUUGCUUCAGGUGUACUACGUCCAAUUUAGUAUGUUGACUCCUAGAAGAAGGGAAGUCUGCUGAAUGACUAAUCUUGUUUACGAGAAGAUUGGGCAAUGGAGCUCAGAGGGGCUCCUUCCUGGGCAUGGACCCGAUGAGACCCUGAAAAGUGCAGGUGGACCACUUUAAGGGAAUCCAGCUAUCUACCACCAAGAAGAAAUCUAUUUAGACUGAGAAAUCCCUUUACGUAAAAAAUUAGGAUGAAAGAACCUUUGGAUGGUGAAUGUGGCAAAGCACUGGCACCACAGCAAGCCCUUCUGGACAAAAUUAAAGAAGAACCUGACAAUGCUCAAGACUAUAUACAUGCUUCAAAGCCCAAAGCUCAGGAAAGUGAACUGAAAAUCAGUGCUGUGUUUUCAGUUGGUGACAGUCCUCUUGGUAAGAAGCAGAACUCCCAACAGUUGACUCCAGGCUUUCAGCUUUCUCUUGCAUCAUCUGGCCCAAAUGUAUCACUUCCUUCAGUUCCAGCUGUAGCUCUUCAGGUUUUUUGCUCUGGUUGUAAAAAAAUGCUUUAUAAAGGUCAAACUGCAUUUCAUAAGACAGGAUCUACUCAGCUCUUUUGCUCCACAAGGUGCAUCAUCGGACAUUCUUCAUCUGUCUGCCUACUACCUCCUCCCAAGAAAACCUGUGCAAACUGCUCAAAAGACAUUUUAAAUCCAAAGGAUGUGAUCACAACCCAAUUUGAAAAUUCCUCUCCUAGCAAAGAUUUCUGCAGCCAAUCAUGCCUUUCUUCUUAUGAGCUGAAGAGAAAACCUGUUGUUACCAUAUAUACCAAUAGCAUUUCAACUAAGUGCAGUAUGUGUCAGAAGAAUGCUGAUAUUCGAUUUGAAGUUAAAUAUCAAAAUGUGGUACAUGGUCUUUGUAGCGAUGCCUGUUUUUCAAAAUUUCAUUCUGCCAACAACCUCACCAUGAACUGUUGUGAGAACUGUGGGAGCUACUGCUACAGUAGCUCUGGUCCCUGCCGGUCCCAGAAGGUCUUUAGUUCCACAAGCAUCACGGCAUAUAAGCAGAAUUCAGCCCAAACUCCUCCGUAUGCCUUGGGGAAAUCAUUGAGGCCCUCAGCUGAGAUGAUUGAGACUACGAAUGACUCAGGAAAAACAGAGCUUUUCUGCUCUAUUAAUUGCUUAUCUGCUUACAGAGUUAAGACAGUUACUUCUUCAGGUGUCCAGGUUUUGUGCCAUAGUUGUAAAACUUCAGCAAUCCCUCAGUAUCACCUGGCCAUGUCCAAUGGAACGAUACACAGCUUCUGCAACUCCAGUUGUGUGGUGGCUUUCCAGAAUGUAUUUAACAAGCCAAAAGGAGCAAACUCUUCGGCAGUGCCUGUAUCUCAGACCCAAAUGAUUGUAAGCCCACCCUCUGGAUCGGCAGUGUCAGCCGGAAGAGGUCACACCUCUGCCUUUUCCCCCCGCUCCGUCAGCAGCUCUGUUGCAGCCGGUCUGCAGCCUCCUGCUCAGUUCCAGCAAGUUGCUUUAACCCAUAGGAUUGUCAGACUCAGGUGUCAGCACUGUAACCAUCUGUUUGCGACAAAACCAGAACUUCUUUUUUACAAGGGGAGAAUGUUUCUGUUUUGUGGCAAGCUUUGCUCUGAUGAAUACAAAAAGAAAAAUAGAGUUAUGGCAAUGUGUGACUACUGUAAACUACAGAAAAUUAUAAAGGAGACUGUACGAUUCUCAGGAGUAGAUAAGCCAUUCUGUAGUGAAGUUUGCAAAUUCCUCUCUGCCCGUGACUUUGGAGAACGAUGGGGAAGCUACUGUAAGAUGUGCAGUUAUUGUUCACAGACAUCCCCUAAUUUGGUAGAAAAUCGACUGGAGGGCAAGUUGGAAGAGUUCUGUUGUGAAGAUUGCAUGACCAAAUUUACUGUUCUGUUUUAUCAGAUGGCCAAGUGUGAUGGUUGUAAACGACAGGGAAAGCUAAGUGAGUCCAUAAAAUGGCGAGGAAACAUCAAACAUUUCUGUAACCUAUUUUGUGUCUUGGAGUUUUGUCAUCGUCAGCAAAUUAUGAAUGACCCUUUUUCACAAAAUAAAGUAAAUAUUUCUAAGGCACACAUUGCUUCAGUGGCGCUCCCUGCUGCAAGGACAAAUACAACACCAGUUAUAACCAAUGUGGUGUCAUUGGCAAAAAUAUCUCCUGCCCAGUCCACAGGGAGUGGUGUUUUAAAAGGUGCAGUUGUUACUAAAGAGGCAACAAAGAUCAUUGAAAAUUCCUAACCUUCAGAACCAUCUUCUCAGCUAUCCACCGUCUCCAGGACCAGCCAGCAUUGUCUUUAUUACCACCAGUCAAUCAAGAACUCCCAGAUUAAUCAGAAUUAUUCCACCAAGGUGGAGGCCAGCAUGAAACACAUGGUCAACCUGCAUCUGAAGGCCUCCCACACGUACUGCUCUCUGCACAUCCAUUUCCACCAUAGCACUGUGGCUCUGGAGAAUGUGGGCCACUUCUCCUGAGAGUUGGUCUCUUGAAGAUACAAACCUGGUGCAGUGGCUGUGCAGAAGCUGUCCCAAGAUGAGUGAGGUAGAACCCUAGACACUGUGGACACUGCUGUGGUCAUGGAGAAGAACCUAAACCAAGCCCUUUUGGGUCUUCAUACCCUGGUUCUGCCUGUGCAGACCUCCGGCUCUGUGACGUCCUGGAGAAUCACUUCACAGAUGAGGAGGUGAAACUCAGCAAGAAGUUGGGCAUCCACCUGACAGAUUGGCUGCCGUUGGGCCGGCAGGUGUCCCUUUGAGGGGUCAACCUCAACUCCAGAAGGGCUCAGAGCCUCUGGCCCAGCUGCCACUUGCAUCCCCCAGGUGUCAGGACUUCUGCCUGAACAUCUUCCUAAAGCCACUAGGCAGCUUUUUAAUGACCCAGGAGUCCUCUCCCAAGCCAUGGACCAAAUGGAGACAGUAAAGGUUUUGCAGGAAAAGAGAAAAGACCUUAGUCUAUAGAUAUACUAGCACAUGCAGAAUCAAUUUGUAUGUAAGGAUAUUUAUUUGUUUAUAGUAGCAAAAGAUUUGUAACAUUUAAUGUUCAGCAGCAGGGACUUUUCAAAUUACAUAUAGUGCAUUCAGUGUAUAAAAGUGUUAACAGGCAGCUUUGUUUAAAGUUAUAUGAAAAUACCUCCAAGAUAGUUAGCUAAGUGGCAAAGCAAGGUGCUGACCUUGCUGAUAAUAUGCUACCAUGUGUAAAGGCUGAGUGCUGAAGAAUUGAUGCUUUUGAACUGUGGUGCUGGAGAAGACUCUUGAGAGUCCCUUGGACAGCAAGUCAGUCCUAAAGGAAAUCAAUCCUGAAU